AUGACGAUUUUAUAAAAGGAAACAUCGAAAUUAGAUUAAAAAAUGCCUUUUUUGAUUAAAAUACAUUCAAAUUUGACACCGAAUUUUAUUUGGAAGAUUUUUAGUAAUAAAUAAACAAUAUAGAUCUCUUUGAGUAUUAAAAUUUUUACGCAGAAAUUCUUUUAAAGUUAUUUAAAUUUUCUAAAAAGAAGGAAAAAAUAAAAUUAAAUAAAGAAAAUUUCUAAAAAUGUAAUAUUUAAUUAAGAAGAGAUUAUUUUUUAGAAAAAAACCAAAAAAUCUUAGAAUUUAUAUUAGAUAAAAUUAUAAAUGAAAAAAGUGAUUUUUAUCUAAUUUUUUUGA